UGUUAGAACUUUCAAAUUUUUAUUAAACUUUUGUUUCAUUCACGUACCUACAGUGACUAAUAAAAACUUUUGUUUUGGAUUUACGAUGAAGAUUCUUAGCUUUUGUGAAUGGAGAUCUUCAAUUUACAACAAGAAAUGAAUUUGUUAUUGUAAACACAUUCUUGUGUGGCUCCUAGUUUUAAAAAUGGCAGUUUGUAGCCUUAGAACGGUACUUUUGAUUGUGUGUAUACUCGAACUGAUUGUUACUAUACAGCGCCAAGUAUUUGAUUUUCUAGGGUAUAUGUGGUUACCUAUUAUAACAAAUUUUAUUAAUAUCCUCUUGAUAAUAUUUGGAUCUUUUGGAGCAGUGCAAUAUGUAACAAAAUAUCUCUUUGCUUAUGCUAUUUGGAGUUUGAUGUGGUUGACUUGGAAUACAUUUUUGAUAUGUUAUUAUCUAAAUCUUGGAACUUUAAACAGAGAAAGUGGCCUUUUAUCACUGGGGACAGGCAGUGUGAGCUGGUGGGAGAGCAAUGGAUGGGGCUGCCAGCCUGUGUGGGGGGAAGUUGAUGGGCCAGGGACCUGGAGACCAGCUCAUGUUGAUGGAUGCUUCUUCCAGUGGCAUCAUGUUGAACUAGCGCAGUCAAGUGUUGCUGCUCUGUUCACUAUUAUAGCCUUGCCGCUUGCCAUAAUUCUUGCUUACCGUUCAAUGAAGAAAAAGAAGCCUACCUCAGAUAAAGGUACCUUGCCACGUCGUCAAGUAUAUACAAUAGAAUUAAGUCCCACCGAAACAAAUAUGAGUGAAAGUUCUCUCAAACCCAUGACACCGCGUCGUGUCAAACGUAGAUCUAGAGGCGCAGCAGGAUCUUCGACGCGGAGAUCGCGCCGGUCAUACAGAAACGCUGGUUAUAUGGCAUCUAAUGCGUCAUUACCGUCGGAUCCAAGACCUUCGAGGCCAACGUCAGCACACUCGUCAUAUUCAAAUUUCCAUGCAGCCCGCCCGAAUUCAUAUCAUCCAACUGACCGAGAUGGUACCUUACGAUCACAAGACACGUAUGAACUACCUCCACCACCCGCAGAAUCUAUUCCAAUCAUGACAAAUAGGUAUGAGACCGUACGGAGAAGUGUCAAGUCCGAACGCGGCCACGACGUCGUCGGUCCGUACAAUGAGCCUAACAGAUACGAUCCUCCGCCUCCUCGCAACUACGAUACAAACGUGCCAUCUUAUGAUAAUGUUGGCCGGGGAUAUGACGCCCAAAACUAUGAGCCAAGAGUUGACACAAUGUCACCAAAUGAAUCUCCAUAUGGAGCUAAUGGGUAUGGAGGAUAUCCAGUCGAUGGAGGUUGGGAGGCGCCUCCUCCUCCGGCUCCUCCCUACACCGCAAGAGCCACGCCCCAAGCUCCCGGUCCACCAGCAUAUCAACAAGUUAAUGACCCUUACAAUGUAGUGCCUUAAAUUUUACAAGUGUCCUUCUAGUAACGCUCACUGCAGCUCAACGAAUUUCCCUGAUAUUUUUAAGUAAAUUACUCUUUUUCUGUUAAAAACCUAACUUUAAGUAUAGAGAUAAGACAUCACUGUUAAUUGGGUAGGUAAUAAUGUACUUAUAUAUUUUUAGUCAUUGUUGUUGAUGUAUAAAAUACAUUCUUUUUAAUUGUAAACAAAAUCAUGAUAUACAAAAAAUAUUAUUAUUCUUCACUUUUAUGAAUCUCGCCGUGAUAGAUCACGUUGGAAUUUGUUAUUACCUUUUUUUAACUAGGUACUUAAAGCGACAUUCCAAACUGUUUGCACAAAUUUGCAUCCGUCCAAACAAAGAAAUAUUUUUUUCUUUUAAUAUAAGAUUUCUAACUUUACCAAGAAGCUUAUAUAUAAUACACUGGAGAUUGCAUUAUGAC